AUGGCUUCCUCUUCUUCUCCUGCUUACGUUAAGAGAUUCCAUGUCUUCCCGAGCUUCCACGGAGCAGAUGUCCGUAGAGGGUUUCUCAGUCAUUUACACUAUUACUUUGCAAACAAAGGGAUCACGACGUUCAAAGAUCAGGAGAUCGAGAGAGGACACACGAUCGGACCUGAGCUCGUGAAUGCCAUUAGAGAAUCCAGAGUCUCGAUCGUUUUGCUCUCGGAGAACUACGCCUCUUCGAGCUGGUGUUUAGAUGAAUUGGUUGAGAUCUUGAAGUGCAAAGAAGAUUCGGGGCAGACCGUGAUGACUGUUUUCUACCAUGUUGAUCCGUCCAGUGUGCGAAAACAGAAGGGAGAUUUCGGAAAAGCAUUCGAGAGAACUUGCCAAGGGAAAAAAGAGGAAGUGAAGCAGAGAUGGAGCAAAGCUUUGACUCAUGUCGCAAACAUUGAAGGAGAACAUUAUCUCAAUUGGGCUAACGAAGCAGAUAUGAUCCAAAAGAUUGCUACAGAUGUUUCCAAGAAACUGAAUGUUACACUCUCAAGUGAUUUUGACGACAUGGUGGGAUUGCAAACUCACUUGAGAAAAGUGAACUCUUUGUUAUGCCUCGAGCAUGAUGGAUGA